AAAAAAAAAACAAAAAAAAAUUCAAAUAAAAUAAAAACGUCAACAUAAUAAUUUACGUUUAUGAAGUCGGCUUGAAAACCUUAUGCGUGUGUACAUAUGUGCGUGCGUGCGUGCGUGCGUGUGUGCGUGCUUGCUGCAUUAUUGACAAAAGUGCAUUAUUGUUAUUUCAUUUCAAUUACUUCAAUUAACAGAAACAAAAACAUAACAAAAAAUUGAUAUAAAAAAAAAUAUAAUUUUAAAUUUGAUUGCUCUACGGCAUUGAAGAUCAAAGUUGAUUUGCUUUGCAUAUGCGUUUAGCAAAAAUUGUUCGAUUUUCAAAAAAAAAAAAAAAGAACAAAAUUAUAAUAAUAAUUGUCAAAUAAAAUAAAGCAGAGGAUACUCUCGUGCAUUCUUGUUUAAAAUAUUCAAGAACACACUUUCACUUAGAGUACCGUAUUUGUGAGCUUGAUGGCGGUACCUUUUUGUAUCUGCUGUAGAAAACGAAAAAGUUUAAAAACAUAAAAUACUUUAAGGCAAUCUCAAAAGAAGUCUUCUUAUUUAAAGAGUUUAAACAAAAGAAAGAAAGAAGGAAAUAUUGAAAAAUGCCUCAACGUUCACCAUUUGCUAUACAAGAACUUUUAGGUUUAACUAAUACAAAAGCAGGGGCAGCAGCUGCUGCCGCUGCAGUCAUAGCCACACAAAACAAAUGUCAAUCAGCAAUAAAUCAAGCACGAAACGAUACACGUAUUACGGAAUUAUCACCUUUAUUAUCAUCAUCGUCAUCCGAAACGAUUUUCAACGCGACAGCGUCAACAGCCGCUAACACUGUCAAUGGGAAAUGCAGUCCGUGUUCGAAUGGCUCUUUAACGCCGCCAUUACACCGCCAAACAUCGCCAGCGGGUAAACAUCUAAAAACACCGUCAAUUUCAAGAUCAACAGCAGUAGGAGGAAAAUCAUCGUCAUCGCCAUCGUCUUCAAUACAAAUAUCGACGAGUUUGUAUGCGUCUUCAUCGCCCAGCUCUACGGCAUCGACAACGACUAUCUCAAAUCCAACCUCACCCAAUAACAAUGGCAAUGAAUACCAACAGCAGCAACAACAACAGCAACAACAACAUCAAAUGUCUAUGGCAGCUGCUGCCGCCGCUUCACGUAUGGCCUAUUUUAAUGCCCACGCUGCGGUAGCGGCAGCAUUUUUGCCUCACAAUUUAACGCAUGCACAUCAUACACAAGCCCCAGCCCAUCAUACGCACUCUGCUAUACAGCAGCAACAACAUUAUUUACAACAACAGCAACAACAACAACAACAACAUGUUGCCGCUGUUCAACCACACGGGCAUCAUUUGUUACAUACGCAAGGAUUUGCACCAUUAAAAAGCUAUCCAGGCAACGGAGCGUGUUUGCCAGGUUCGCUAACACCUAAAGACUUCACUCUCGAGCAAUUCAACGGCUUUGGGAAUAAAAAGAAAAAGAAGAAACGUCGCCACAGUCGCACAAUAUUCACCAGCUAUCAGCUAGAGAAACUCGAAGAAGCCUUUAAAGAAGCUCACUAUCCCGAUGUCUAUGCCCGUGAAAUGCUGUCGUUGAAGACCGAAUUACCUGAAGAUCGUAUACAAGUUUGGUUUCAAAAUCGACGAGCAAAGUGGCGAAAAACUGAAAAAUGCUGGGGUCGAAGUACCAUUAUGGCCGAAUACGGCUUAUAUGGGGCAAUGGUUAGACAUUCAUUACCGUUGCCGGAGACAAUUUUAAAGUCGGCCAAAGAAAAUGACUCAGUAGCACCAUGGCUGCUAGGUAUGGAGAAUAAAAGUAUACAUCGCAAAUCGAUCGAAGCUCAAGAUGCGUUUAAAGAUGACUCCGGGGUUAGUGAUCAUGAUGAUGAGUCCGCAGAAACUAAAUCUCACGAGGAUACGACACACGGUGGUCAACGACGUCACUCAACAUCUUCAACAGAAUCAUUAAAUGUAGUUGGCUCCACUCCGCCUCCUUUAUUAUCAGCAAAGCAGCCAUCGUCAUUAUCACCGGCUACCACGCCGACAGCAACUACCACCACAAUUUCAACACCAUCACCACACAUCGAUUUAAAUUCGCCAUCGUCGUCGAAUAGUCAACAAUUAUUUUCAGGCACAAGAUCACCCCAACAUCAAGGAUAUGGAUCGGCGACAGGUGUAACGCAACAGAAGGCAGCCAUGUACCAUAAUACUGGGUCGCAACAAUCCACGUCAUCUGUUGCAACUACUCCACCAUCGUAUCAUCCUCUCUUGGAUGCAGCCAAUGCCGGAGCUGGUGUAGCGGCUGCUGCUAACAAUAAAGAUUUUCAUAUGCUAAUGAAUACAGCAGUGGCAGCAGCCGCUGCAGCUGCUGCGCACGGUGGUGUAAGUGAUAUAUAUACCUCUGGGCUUAUGCAAGAUCCCGAUACUUUCAGAAACAACUCAAUUGCGUGUUUAAGAGCCAAAGCUCAAGAGCAUCAAGCCCGUUUGUUGAAUAGCAGCCUCUUCUUGCAAGUGCGCUCCUUUGCUGGCUUGCAGCAACAACAUCAAAAUAAUAAUAAUAAUAAUAAUAAUAAUAACAACAACAACACCAAUACCAACAAUAAUUUUACAAUAACCAAUAAAAAUUAUGAUUUAAAAGCGCUAGCCACUGAUGCGGAAUUAACGCUUGCAGCAGAGCAGAGGCAAUGCUUGGAUGAGAAAUCAACAAAAAUUAGAAACGAUAUAAAACGUAUUUAAGGCGUAUCAAGUGCAAAAGGAAACGAUCUCUAAUGAAACCAAAAUGAUGUGAAUAAGCAAAGAAAAGCACAUGAAAUGUGUGUUCAUAUACAUAUAUAUAAAAUUUUUAAAU